AUGUCUGUGUUACUGUUUAACAGUUUCCAUAGUUUAAAAGAAUCACUAUUGGUUGGUGAUGGCAAUGCUGAUCAUGGUUACAGGGGCAGACCAGAGGACAUGACCUUGAGAAGACCAGCCUGGAAGAUCACUCCUCAGAAACCAUGAUCAGAUCUGGCUGCUGAGACAGCUGCAGCCCUGGCUGCGGCUUCAAUCGCUUUCCGAUCCACGGACAUCAGCUAUUCAAUGAGACUUCUUCUGCACGCUGCUGAACUUUAUGAAUUUUCAGACAAAAACCGUGGGCUGUACAGUGAUUUCAUUCUUAAAGCGGCCAACUUUUACCGCUCGCAAAGUGGAUAUAAAGACGAACUCGUCUGGGGUGCGGCUUGGCUAUAUAAGACUACACAAAAUAAAAAGUAUCUCUCUAAUGCCGAACAGUACUACAAAGAUAAUUCGAUUAAUGAAAAAUUGACAAAAAAAGUCGGCGUUCAAGUCCUCUUGGAUACAAUCACAAAUAAAGCCUCGUACAAACAAGCUGUGGAUACUUCCAGUUUAUAGCAAGCUGGCUUCCCGGAAACGGCGUCCCCAAAAGGCUUGGCCUGGCGAGAUCGAUAGGGUCCAAACCGAUACUCGGCCAACACUGCCUUCUUGGCCUUAGUCGCCGCUGACCAAGUCAUAAAAACGACUGCGUUCCGCGACUUUGCAAAGCAGCAAAUUCACUACAUAUUAGGUGAUGGCGGGCGCAGUUUUAUGGUGGGGUUCGGUACCAAUCCACCAGAAAGGCCUCAUCAUCGCGGCAGUUCUUGCCCAUUGUCCCCAGUCCCUUGCGGCUGGAAUGACUUCAGUGAGCCAGACCCCAACCCGCACAUUUUGUGCGGCGCUUUAGUUGGAGGCCCGGAUAAGAAUGACGAGUACAAAGAUGACAGAACAGAUUUCAUCAAGAAUGAGAUGGCUACGGAUUACAAUGCUGGAUUUUAAUCGGCUGUGGCUGGACCGAAACAUUUGUCAAUCACAGGGGAGCCAUUGGGGAAGAGGAUUGAUCGACACAUUUUUGAAAGAUUAACAAAGCAACCAAUAAUUCAGUGUAGCUUAGAUUUGGUGGGAAUAAAGGUGAUUGUUUUAUGUCUGCCAUUUGAGAUUAUUUCUUGCUGGUUUCUUUAG